CACAAACCCACCCACCCCUCAUUCAUCUAUCCAUCCAUUCAACCCCCCUCUUAUCUAUCUAUCUAUCUAUCUAUCUAUCUAUCAGAUAAACAUCUCCACAUCAACAACCACCUCUAUACUAUACUGCCCCCCUCCUCAACCACAAACCCCUCUUUAAAUUAUAAGAAUAACAUGCCUCCCCCCGAGAAAAGCAAAGAAACCCUAGAAGCCAAAUCGGCCUUCAGCGCGACGCUCCUCAACAUCGGCAGCACACAUGCCAGCCCGCUCGUGGAGCGCGCACACACCAUCACAGAGAAUGCCGCAGCGCUGGACAAGCAGCAAGCAGAGCUAGAAGCACAUACAGCAGCGCUGGCGAAGCAGAAUGAGAGCUGGGAUAAGUUGGCGGGGGAGGCACGGGACGGGUUGAAGGAGAUUGGGGACGUGCAGAAUUGGGCGGAGGUGGUGGAAAGGGAGUUGUUGGUGUUGGAGGAGAUGAUGGGGUAUGUGGAGAGUAAGGGAGAUCAUGAUGGUGGUGAUGGUGGGGAGGGGGUGGAGGGGGAUGGGAUGAAUGGAGGUAUUAUUGAUGAUAGGAAUGGGGUUGGGAAGGGGAAGGGGAGUGCUAAUACUAGUACUGUUGAUGGCGAUGGUGAUGAUGGAGGUACUACUAGUGGUAGUAGCGGAAGUGGGAGUAAGACAGGAGCAUCAUCGUGGUUUAAGUGGUGGUAGGAGGAACUUUUCAUGUGUAUACGAGAUAUGUUUACUUGGAUAUUACUACUAUUUGGGACGAGGGGAAUAUUCAUUGCCCACAGAGAUACUUUAUACAGCCUUCAUAUCCUUCAAGAAAGAAAAAG